AUGCCCUCACCUUCACUGCUCGGAGCCAUGCACCACCAAAAUGCAUCAGCCUACACUCUUACUACCGUCCAUCCCGAUGAUCCUGAAAUUAUGGAGUUUGCAGACGAUAGAGCUCCCCUCCUUGCACCAGAAUCUGAAACUGGCUCACUUUAUGGAGCCACUCCUGCACAUUUGCAGGCAUCCCAUACAUCCUCCCCAAGAUUAUUACUCAAGGCAGCCAUAAGGAUGGCAGCUGUGUUUAUACUCAGUACGAUUCUCCUAGGUGGAACUCUGUGGUUGACUCUUCCCACCCUUGACGAAGCCGACCGGCCGUCACUCCGCAUACCGAAAUCAUUUGUUCAACUACAGGCUCUCAAUGUCAUUUUGAAAAAAUACCGUGACAUCUACCCGUUCCGCAUCGUAAUAUGUUAUGCCAUAACAUAUUUAUUCCUACAAGCGUUUUCUCUUCCUGGGUCGAUGUAUCUAUCUAUACUUGGUGGAGCAGUAUGGGGUGUGCCGCGCGCGCUCCCACUUGCUUGUACAUGUGUUGCUACUGGUGCAACUUUGUGCUACUUCAUCAGUGCUGCGUUUGGUCCUGCGCUUCUCACCGUACCCAAGUGGAAAGCCCGUCUAGAUAAGUGGUCGGACAAGAUACGCGCACAAAAAGACAACACCAUGUCCUUUUUAAUUGUCCUCCGCAUUGCCCCCCUCCCUCCGCACUGGGUUGUCAACGUAAUCUGUCCCCAUGUUGGCAUUGGUAUUGUCCCCUUCUGGAUCAGCACAUGGCUGGGUAUCUUCGGCGUAACUGUCAUACACACGACGAUUGGAGGCGGUCUAGAUGAGAUGACGUCUGCUGCUGAUUUCCAUCUCAUUUCGUGGCGCAACUUCUUCCUAUUAUCCGCAGUGGUAGUGGGCGUUCUCAUACCGGUGGGUUUACGCUACUAUUUCAAGCGCGAGAUUGCUUCCGUAGCCGACGUAGAGCAAGGAGGGUUGGAAGAAGAUUUUUCUGAAGAGACUGAGGAUCAUAUCCUGGCAGCUGGUCCAAGAGCUCGAGUCAAAAAAACAAGAUCAACACCAUUGGUUGAGCUUUCCGACGAAGAGACCGAUGUGUACUCUGAAGACGAAGACGAUGUUAUUCUAGAAGCAGGCCCAGCGAUUAUUAUCAAGGCAUCUGAAGAGCCCAUACAACAAGGUGGUAGUAGUAGACGUAUCGACUUCCUAUAG